AUGUUUUCCAGGUGGGCCUCUCAGGCCCCCUCGACACCGUUGCCUGGUUUGAAAGCCUUACACCCAUACUUUCCGGUAGAGACUGAACUGGUGAACUUCAUUGCCAAUGACAUGACCCUUUUCCAACUGCUGGCUGCAUUUGGCUCAGGCUGUGCUGUCAUUUUGUCUGCGGCGUGGCUUCUCGCCUCAAAUGUCUCGCCGCGGUUGAAGACCAGGGACAAAUUCGUGGUGCUAUGGUUUUGCUUGACUGGUGCUAUCCACCUCUUCUUUGAAGGCUACUUUGCGUACAAUCAUACACGGAUGGGAAGUGCACAAGACUUGUUUGGACAACUGUGGAAAGAAUACGCUUUGUCGGACUCCCGCUACCUGACCUCUGACCCUUUCGUCCUAUGUAUGGAAACGAUCACUGCGCUCUUCUGGGGUCCUCUUUCCUUUGUCAUGGUCUACUUCAUCAUCACCAGCCAUCCUCUCCGAUAUCCUCUGCAGGCUGUCGUCUCUUUAGGCCAGAUGUAUGGGGAUGUUCUUUACUAUGCCACGUGCAUGUUUGACCACUACUACAAGAGCCAGACCUAUUGUCGACCCGAAGCAUACUAUUUCUGGUUUUAUUUCUUCUUUAUGAACUUCAUUUGGAUCGUUAUACCCGGAGCACUCCUAUCGGAAAGCCUCACCACCACGGCACGGGCGUUCAAGGCACUGGAUCGCAUAUCACACUCGGUGCAAGGGAACGGGUCCUUGAGCAAACCUAAGGCGACUGCGAAUGGUGACAUCAAGCGUGCAUGA